CUGCAAAACAUCCUUUCAACAACCUCUAUUGAGUUGGGUUCCAACUUGUUUUGAACUACCUAAAUCCAAUCAUGCCACCCCCUCUGCUCAAUUUUUACAGUUUCAGUACAAUGUACAAAUAAAUGCUUCUAACGGUUGAAAUUGUGUAAGUUCUUCAAAAAGGCUUUCAUGCUCACUUAAAUAUUAACAGGUGAUGUAAAACCAGUCUUUAAAGGGAUUAGGCAAUCAGCAACACUAUAUGAAGAACUCUUUAUGUGGAAGUGUUUUCCAUUGCAGACUUGUCAGUUUGUUAUACUUGUGGGUUUUUUUUCUUCUAAAUUUUGCACACGUAUUGUUUCCGAUAUGCCUCCACUGAUGGUCAUGUAGUUUCUUGUACUAGAUCCCUUUUCUUAUAAAGUUGAAAGAGGACCUUGAAAUUUGAAAGGAUCAAAAAGCUUUAAAUAAUAGUGUAGGACACCCUUUAUAACAUCAAGUACAGAAUAAAAUGGCUUGGGAUGUCCAAUAGGUUCCAAACAGUGGGGCAAAGGCAAGUGAUAUAGCUUCAGGGUUAUUUAAGGUUACUUAAACAACACUGCAGUGGUAGUUCACAAGGUGGCAAUGGUGAAACUAGCAGCAGCAGUCAUAUGAAAACUCCAGGCUUGCAGCAAUCGGAUGCCAUUUCUUUAAAGAAAAUUCAAACCUAGUUUCUUUUAAAGCUGCACAUUUAUUACCUUUCUAAACAAAUUAAUGUCAUCAGUAAUGUCAUUUUCAAAAGGUUAAAAUUAAACAUUUUCUUGACACUUUCAGAACACAAACUAAAUUAUAAUAUACUUCCUUAAUAACUAGGAUGUGAAUGAAAAAGUUGGCAUGAGGUUCUCAAGGAAAAUUCCUUCCCAAAGCCCUUAAACAUUUACUUGCACUUCCUUAAAUUCAGAUGCGUCAUCAACGUGGGUUUUUUUUCUUAACAGGCUUGGUGGCAGACUGUUUCAUCAGUUCUUGACUGAAAUUUACCUGCUGAAGAUCCUUACCUGAAACCUUCAAACAAGAAUAGAAAGGUUUCCUGAUCAAGGUGGCCUCUCCUCUACCCACAUGCUUCUCUGUUUUCACUGACCAAAGAGCAACAGAAGAUCUGAUCUGUCAUUCAAGCUUUGAAGCAAUGGUUGAUAGGAUACCUUGCAUUGUGAAACAGCUCAUGAAGAGUGAAAAAGCUCGUCUUCAAACAUUCUCCUCGUGGCCUUUUACUGAUCCGCAAGAUCUGGCUCAAGCCGGCUUCUUCUGUGUGCGAUGGAGCGAUCUGGUGCAGUGUUUCUGCUGUGGUGGAGAGCUGAGUGGCAGUGAUCUUAAAGAUGACGCCUGGAAGGAACACAGCAGAAGCUUCCCCCACUGUUUCUUCAUUCUUGGUCACAAUGUUGGAAAUGUACCACUCCAGAUGGAUGAUGAGGGCUACCCUGAGAAAGGAUGUCCUCCAUGCAUGAAGACUUUAAAGGAGAGGCUUAGCAGCUUUGAUGAUGUCCAACACCCUGUUGAUCCUAAGAAACUUGCUGAAGCUGGUUUCUACAGCACAGGAAAAGGAGAGGAGGUGUUGUGUUUCUCUUGUGGUGGCGGUUUGGAAAACUGGAAACGACAGCUUGACCCUUUCCAACAACAUGCCAAACACUACCCAGGGUGCAAGUUCCUGGCGACUACAAAAGGUCAAGCAUUCAUCAACAACAUCCAGCUACAUAGGCACAAACGGCAAAAAAAUAGUGCUGCUAUUAUUCGUAAUGUUGCCUCAUUGUGAUAGAAAAAUGGAGCAAACCACUCUAGAACUGGGCAUUUUGGAUUUCAUGACAAGAAUGGAGGGCACUCAAUCACAUCUUUUUUCCUUUAGAACCCCCUUUUUUUUUAAAUAAUAAAAGAAAAUAAAAAUUUU